CAUUUGGUGGCCAGCGCGCGCUGUCAACGUCACCGCUGGACUUUGGCAGAGCUCACAAUGGCCAUGUCGGCAGGCGCACGAUUGCUACUAUGUCUCGCGAUUGUACUCGUGCUUGCAGCGCCCUCGGUGCAUGCUUUUGGCGCCGGCAACAUUCCCUCCUUUGCGUUCAUGGAGGGCAAAGCAUUCCGACACGGUGACAUCGAUGACGUCCUCGCCGAGCUCUUCAAGGCAGGCGGGGCGGGCUUCAUGGGCAUUGGCGGCAAGAAGUUCGGCGGGCUCGAUAUCAAGCGCGUCUACUUUGGCUCUUGGCUGUCCGACUAUUCACAAGCCAUGGACGUCGCUGGCUUGCAGAAACUGUCGAAGCAAGCUAUCCUCAACAUCGUCAUGCUGCUCGGCUUCCUCGAGUUUGGCUAUGCCACUGGCUCUUUCGAAGUCACAGAGGAGCGCUUGUUUGUGUACUCUUGCGUGCGGCACAUCGACAAUCCGCGUGGCUAUGCAGACGACUUGCCCGGCAAAGAUGCACGUCAAGUUGAUCCCCGACUGAGAGGUCCCAUCGAUCCACGAGAGCUCGAGAUCGAUCCUCGCACGGGCAUGAAGAACUAUAUCGCCAACGAACGCGGCAACUGGGACACGAGCACAGCUUGCAUUCGACGCGGUCUCUUGCGGUGCAUAGAAGCAGGACGGAUUGCACGAAGGCAAGGCAACGAAGAUGCUCUGCACGACGCAUACCGCUUGCUCGGUGAAGCACUACAUACGUUCGAAGACAUGACAGCCCACAGCAAUUGGACAGAGCUCUUUCUCGUCAAGAUGGGCUUUAGAGACGUCUUCUGCCAUGUCGGUCAAAAUGUCACUGUUCAGAGUCCCCACGGUCCUUGCCCGCCUCUCGUGACGGGUACAUUCGGAGGCCCGGACUUUUUAUACAGCGUGCUGGGCGAAGGUGGCGAUAAGCUCAGCGAGGCAAGCGUGUCUGAUCUGAACAAGGCCAUCAAUCGCGCCAAAUCUGAGCCCACCGACUCGACCGGUUCAGCUCUGCAUGCCAUGUUUGGACAGCUACCAGGAACGUCUGGCAAUCAUCUCUCGCGUGAGCUGGACGAUGUGCAGAACAUUUCUCGCGACCCCAUGGAUAUGUCACCUCAAGAGCUUCACGCCGUCUUAUGGAAGAUCCUCAAGUUCAGAGAUGACGUCUGUCUCGUCAUCGAGCGUACGAUCGAAAAGAUUCCGGGACUCUCUUCCUUAGUCGAGAAGCUGACGACUGCCAUCAAUAAAUGGGUCUUCACCGUGCUAGAGCCAUACGUGAAGCCGGUUCUGAUGGGCGGCACGUCGGCUUUGCAAUCGGGCAGCUCUGCAGUCAUCGACAACCCGGAGCAAUACGCGGUCUGGGACAAUCCUACCGCAUCUGAUCCAACGCACUCGAACUUAUCAAAGGAUCACUUCAACUUGAUCCUCAACGAACCGGCCGGGCUGGUGGCCAAAGUCAUCGUACGACACGUAGUCACGGCCGUAGUCAAAGCAUGGGACGAUGACUCCGAUCCGAAUCCUAUGAUCACGCACCUCUGCACAGCUAUUCAUCACCCCUACUUUGCUGAUCAGAACAACCCAAUCCAGCGCGAAAUGGGCGAAUGCAUGACCGCUUGGGUCAAGGGACUCAAUCCACAAGAUGCCGAUCACAACCGCCGAUCACUGACUAAGCUUGCCGUCCGACAACACAAGAACACGCGUCGUGGAACGAAAGAUCCCCAGCAGUCUCAGUCUUUCUUGCCUGGCCCACAGCAGCUCAUGGGUAGUGUGCAACAGUCUGCUGCGAAUCACUUUAAUCAGGCAAUGACCAAUGUGCCUGGCUAUAAUCAAUAUCAGUCAUUUGUGAAUGAAACCGGCAUGAAUAGAGGCGGCGGACGAUUGGGCAGGGGCAGGGGCAGAGGGCGAGGAGGUGGCAGGCGGAGAGAAGUGGGAGGCGAAAUGGGACAGGAUGAGUACGAUGACGAUGACGAAGAAGAACAGGCAACCUUCCCAGAGCCCUCGGGAGAUCACGCUCGCAUCAGCGACUCGCAAGGUCAGCAAGGUCGCUUUGGUGACCAGCUACAACAAGCUCCCAUCCAGGGCGGCUACAGCUACGGCGGACCAAAUCAAGAGGAACAGCAGGCUCAGGGCCUUGGGGGGCAAUAUGGCGGACCAGGCGGGCCACAGCCUGGCUACGGCGGACCUCAGCAGGGCUAUGGGGGACCUCCGCAAGGAUACGGGGGACCUCCGCAAGGAUACGGCGGCGGACCUCCGCAAGGAUAUGGUGGGCCACCGCAAGGUUACAGCGGGCCCCCACAAGGCUAUGGCGGACCUCAACAGAAUUUCUCGGGCGGUCCUCCUAUGCCAUUCCCUGGAAGUCAACAGGCGUCCUAUCCGGGCUAUGAUCCACAGCAGCAGCAGCAGCAGUACGGAUUCCAAGAGCAGAGCUAUCAGCAGCAAGGUCAGCCAUACCCGGGCCAGCCGCCUUACGGACCGGGGCCAGGUCAAUAUGGCUAUCCGCAAGGACCACCUCCGCCAGGCUGGCAGUAGAAGUAUGAAGUGUUGUACAGCGCUCUCACAAGACAACAUGGACAAAGGCGAGAUAUAUUCAAGCAGAGGCUUGUGCGAGCUCCAGCUGCAAGGCGUCCCUUUGCUCUUCGAGCUUCGCUAGCCUUGCCACGAGCUCAUGACGUGGAUCCUGCUCUGCCUCUCUGGCAGCUUGCUCCUCCUUUGCUCGCUGUGCUUGGGCUCGCUGUACCAGCGUCUCUUCGCGCGUCUGGAGCUUGACGAGACCUUGCGCUGCCUUGCCCAUCAACUCGUCUAGCUGCGGUCCAAUCUCGUCACUGAGAGCGUCCUGAGCAUCCCUGACUUGCGUCCCCGUCACGAGAUCAUAGCACU